AUGGCUCAUCGUUUUUUAAAUAAUAAUCAGAAUAAAGAUGAGAAUAAACAUCAGGAUGAAUCAUUAACAGAUAAUGAAGAGGAACUAGAUAAUAUUUUCAAAGCUCAUAAUUUAAAAACUAGUGAUGAAGUAUUUGCUCGGAAAUGCAUACUGUUCAAUAACUUUUUUGAGACCGAACAUUUAGUGAGGAAUACCAACAACACGGACAUCAGUACCUAUUUCACUGAACAUUCAUUUGUGGCCUCUUACGAUAAGGUUCCUGCGAUGCCGAACAAGAAAUUUGAAAUUGCAAUUAUUGGAAGAUCCAACGUAGGAAAGAGUUCAUUAGUGUCGUCAAUAUUUAAAGGAAAAUCGACCCAAGUCAAAAUUAGUAAGACACCAGGUCGUACUCAAACGUUAAACUACUUUCUACUGAAAAAAUUACAGCUUUAUAUAGUGGACAUGCCUGGUUACGGCUUUGCAAGAGUUCCAAAAUCUCUACUGAGAGGAUGGCAUGUACUUAUUCGAGAUUAUUUUGUGAAUAGAAUAGGAUUUGAUAAAUAUUUAAUGACCCUGUGGUUAUUGGAUGUGAGAAGAUUAAGGAUAUAUUGA